AGGCCCAGGACAGCCUCAACAGUCCAUCUGCACGCGCCCGCCCAGCUGAGAAGAGGCUUGAGGCAGCGGCCGCAUGAGAUUGUGUACACUCACUCAAUCAUUCUCUCACAACUUAGUAUCUACCCUCUCCCCAAUCCAUACGUCACCGUCGCAGCGGCCUGCGUGUCUCAUAAGGUGCCCACGGAUUCCCUCCAAGUCCCAAUCCAAGCCGUCUGUUGCAACCUCACAAGAGCAGCAUCUCAAUGGAGCAGAACUUCUACGGGCGACCUCCCGUCGUCCCCUCGGCCGCAACAUCCAGCGCGCCCACGCCUCUCCGCCCUGGAACGCCCAACACUGAUGCCAGCCGCAACCUCUUUGACAACACUGACACGGCCUCAAAUGCCCAGGGACCCGGCACAAACCCCUUCGUGAGCCCGGACGCUUCACGGCCUGCCUCCAGCUUUGAGGGCUCGAGCGGCAGCCCCUACGAAGAACCCGCUGAAGCUCGUGGCGGCCAGCGGUAUUUCCACUCGCGACUCGUCAAGAAGGGCGAGAUCGAGAAGCCUUGGUUGAACAAGACCGACCCCAAGGAGAAAUGGGUCACGAUACUGCCCCUCCUCGGCAUCCUCCUGGGCCUGGCCAUCUCUGGCUUCCUGGUUUGGGACGGCUUGCGAAGUGUCGUCCACCACAAGUACUGUCCAGUCUUAGAUGAGGACUUCAGCGGCGGUCUUGAUCCCAGCAUUUGGACCAAAGAGGUGCAGGUUGGCGGCUUUGGCAACGGCGAGUUCGAACAGACGACUGGCGGCGAUAGCAACGUCUACAUUGGCGACAAUGGCCAUCUCAUGAUCAAGGCAACGCUGCAAGAUGCCAACCUGGUUGAGAAGAACAACGUCAUCAACUUGCUCAAGGACGGCACUUGCACCUCGACAGACUACUAUAGCUGCGUUGCUGCCACCAACACCACCAACGGCAACUCCACCAUUGUUCCCCCGACACUCUCCGGCCGCAUCAACACCAAAAAGGGCGCAACGCUCAAGUAUGGCCGUGUCGAAGUCACUGCGAAGCUGCCUGUGGGCGACUGGCUGUGGCCCGCCAUCUGGAUGUUGCCUGUCAAGGACACCUACGGGCCCUGGCCUUGCUCUGGAGAAAUUGACAUCAUGGAGUCGCGCGGAAACAACCACACCUACGGCCAGGGAGGCAACAACAUUGCUUCGUCAGCCCUGCACUGGGGUCCCGACCCGGCCAACGAUGCUUGGUGGAAGACCAACAACAAGCGCAAGUCUCUGCACAGCACCUACAGCCAGGGUUUCAACACAUUCGGCCUCGAGUGGUCGCAGAAGUACCUCUUCACCUACGUCAACAGCCGGCUGCUGCAAGUCACCUAUGUCAACUUCAACAAGCCCAUGUGGAAGCGCGGCGCCUUCCCUGACUCCACGUCCAACGGCACGCGUCUGGUUGACAUCUGGAGCCAGACGGGCCGUGACAAUACCCCCUUUGACCAGGAGUUCUACCUCAUCCUGAACCUCGCUGUCGGCGGGACAAACGGCUGGUUUGAGGACGGCAAAUCUGGCAAGCCUUGGUUGGACCACUCUCCCAAUGCCCCGAAAGACUUUUGGGACGCUCGUGACUCAUGGUACCCUACUUGGACCCAGCCUCAGCUCGAGGUCAGCCGCGUCGUCAUUACGCAGCAGUGCGAUGGUGACGAAGAGUUGUGAGCCAAAGUAGGCGAAGGGUUUACGGUCGAGAUUACAGUAUCUUGUUGGAUUUGGCUACUAGAUGCGCGUCCCAAAGCUUUGGAUAUAUACACUGAAUU